AUGCGUUAUUUAUUAUUAUUUAUUUCAUGUAUUAUUUUUACAAGUUGUGUAUUAGCUGAAUAUAAAUCUACUGAGGCAGACAUUCAAGCUGUUUUCAAAUCAUGGUCCGCUGCUUACCAGAAAACCUAUACCAACGAUGAAUUCCAAUCGGCUUACCUAAAGUGGAAAGAUAAUUUCCAAGCUGUCAACCAACACAAUUCACAAUUUGCCAAUCUACCAGAUGCAGUUGUAAGCAAUCCUAGUUCAAAUAUAAAUUCUUUAUUAAAUGAUGCUGCUGGUCCUACAAUUACUUAUCCAAAAGCAGAUGCACAACUUCAAACUAUGAAUUAUUAUGGUGAUAUGUCAUACUCUGAGUUUGCUUCAACAUUUACAGGUGCUACUCCACCAGCUGUUGCUGCUGCCGGUUUGGCUGCUUCGACUAUUGCUGCAAUUGCUGCAGGAGGUGCGGUGUUUGUUGCCGGUGCUGCCACAACGACUGUCGUUAUCAUCAAGAAAAGAAGAGCCAACCAAAACAAAGAAGUAGAACUUCAAGGUAAAGAAAUUUCUUCACCAACCCCAAUUCCUGAGGGUGCUACCAACGUCUUUAACUUGGAACCACCUCAUCACUCUAUCACAGCCAGACUUUUCGGUGUUAAAAAAUAA